GUGGCAGCGGGGCGGGCGCAGCCAUGCAGCGCAGCGGGCGCCGCCGCCGGCACUGACCGCCGUCCGGCCCCCGCCCCGCCGCUAUCUCCCGCUCCGCGCCUGGCAGAAUGGACUGCUGAAUUGGGAAUUAUUGCAGACUCAACAGUGCAGCACUGCUCGUUGCUUCAUCUUUUACUAGUUAUUUAAAUUGGACUUUUAAUAUCCUGCCAGCUGCUGGUCACACACACAUGGUGCAUUGUUGCCAUUCUCCGAAUUGCAUCUUUGAAACCCAGACCCUCAGCAACCUUCAUCGAACAAAGCGGCGACCUCCCGCGUACGUUCAUAGAGGCAUUUGUUGGACCUACUGCCCUCUAGCUUUCUCCUUGGUGCUGUAUUUCUAAGACACUAUGGAGCCCAGUAUGGAGUACUGCUUAGCGCAGGUGCUGCAGAAAGACGUUGGAAAGAGACUUCAAGUUGGCCAGGAGUUGAUAGAUUAUUUCUCAGAUAAACAGAAGUCGGCUGAUCUUGAACAUGAUCAGACCAUGCUAGAUAAAAUGGUUGAUGGACUGGCCACUUCCUGGGUAAAUUCCAGCAAUUAUAAGGUGGUUCUCCUGGGAAUUGACAUCCUUUCUGCCCUUGUGUCCCGCCUGCAAGAUCGCUUCAAAGCCCAGAUUGGCACAGUGCUGCCAAGUUUACUUGAUAGACUGGGAGACUCUAAGGACUCGGUGAGGGAGCAAGAUCAGACCUUGCUGCUGAAAAUCAUGGAACAAGCUGCUAACCCUCAGUACGUGUGGGACAGGAUGCUGGGAGGAUUCAAACACAAGAAUUUCCGAACAAGAGAAGGGAUUUGCCUCUGCCUUAUUGCAACACUCAACGUAUCUGGAGCUCAGAGUUUAACACUGAGUAAGAUAGUGCCACAUAUAUGUAACUUACUUGGAGAUCCAAACAGCCAGGUUCGAGAUGCAGCAAUAAACAGCCUUGUUGAAAUUUACAGACACGUUGGUGAACGUGUAAGGGCUGACCUCAGUAAAAAAGGACUACCCCAAUCUCGGUUGAAUGUAAUCUUUACAAAGUUUGAUGAGGUCCAAAAGUCUGGAAACAUGAUCCAGAAUUCAGGUGAUAAAAUUUUUGAUGAUGAAGACUCUGUGGAUGGAAACAGACCUUCCUCAGCUAGCUCCUCUACAUCUUCAAAGGCCCCUGCAAACUCCCGCAGAGUUGGGAUGGGGACUACCCGCAGACUGGGAUCUGCAGCUCUGGGCUCCAAGUCUUCAACAGCCAAAGAGGGAGCAGGUGCUGUGGAUGAAGAAGACUUCAUUAAGGCAUUUGAAGAUGUCCCAACAGUUCAGAUUUAUUCCAGCCGGGAUCUUGAGGAAUCCAUAAACAAAAUCAGAGAGAUACUGUCAGAUGAUAAGCAUGACUGGGAACAGAGAGUGUCGGCGUUAAAAAAGAUCCGGUCCCUACUUUUGGCUGGAGCUGCAGAAUAUGAUAACUUCUUUCAACACUUAAGACUCUUGGAUGGAGCAUUUAAAUUAUCUGCUAAAGACCUCCGGUCACAAGUAGUACGAGAGGCUUGUAUCACAUUAGGACAUUUGUCAUCGGUUCUGGGAAACAAGUUUGACCAUGGGGCAGAAGCCAUCAUGCCAACAAUUUUUAAUCUAAUUCCAAAUAGUGCCAAAGUUAUGGCCACUUCUGGUGUUGUAGCAGUUAGAUUGAUCAUUCGACAUACGCACAUCCCUCGAUUAAUACCCAUCAUAACCAGUAAUUGUACCUCCAAGUCUGUUGCAGUUAGAAGGCGCUGUUUUGAGUUUUUAGAUUUACUGUUGCAGGAGUGGCAAACACACUCUCUAGAAAGACACAUAUCGGUGUUAGCUGAAACAAUAAAGAAGGGAAUUCAUGAUGCAGACUCUGAGGCCAGGAUAGAGGCAAGAAAGUGUUACUGGGGUUUCCACAGUCACUUCAGCCGAGAGGCAGAGCAUUUGUAUCACACCUUGGAGUCUUCUUACCAGAAGGCCCUGCAGUCACAUUUGAAGAACUCUGACAGCAUUGUGUCCUUACCACAAUCGGAUCGCUCCUCUUCCAGCUCCCAGGAGAGUCUCAACCGUCCAUUGUCUGCCAAAAGAAGUCCUACUGGAAGUACUGCGUCUAGAGCAUCUACAGUAAGUACAAAAUCUGUGUCAACACCAGGAUCUCUGCAGCGAUCCCGCAGUGACGUCGAUGUGAAUGCAGCAGCUAGUGCCAAGUCAAAAGUGACGUCUUCUGGAGCAUCUACCCCCUUCAGUUCUGCUGCAGCCUUGCCCCCAGGCUCGUACGCAUCACUAGAUGGUACUACCACUAAAGCUGAGGGUCGGAUUCGUACAAGGAGACAGAGCUCUGGCAGUGCCACAAGCAUCACCUCAACGCCUGCUGAUACCCGAGGCCGCAGCCGGGCUAAAGUAGUUUCCCAGUCCCAGCGAUCCAGAUCAGCUAAUCCUGCUGGUGCUGGUAGCCGAUCCAGUUCUCCGGGUAAGCUGUUAGGAAGCGCCUAUGGUGGCCUGAGCGGUGGAACAUCCAGAGUCCAGCAGGUGCCAUCAUCUUCAGAGAAGCGCAGCAAGAUCCCUCGGAGCCAGGGAUGCAGUCGAGAGACAAGUCCCAACAGAAUAGGACUAGCACGGAGCAGUCGUAUCCCCCGACCCAGCAUGAGUCAGGGGUGCAGCCGUGAUACCAGCCGUGAGAGCAGUCGAGAUACAAGCCCUGCUCGGGGCUUUCCUCCACUUGCUUCUCGACGUCAUUCCAGGUCCACUAGUGCUCUCUCCACUGCUGAUUCUGUUGGGCAGUCAGACCGGUUUGGACUUGGACAGCCAGGCAGGAUGCCUGCUUCUGUGAAUGCCAUGCGAGUCCUGAGCACAAGCACAGAUCUGGAGGCUGCUGUGGCUGAUGCACUGCUGUUAGGAGACUCCAGGAGCAAGAAAAAGCCAGUGAGAAGAAGAUAUGAACCCUAUGGGAUGUACUCCGACGAUGACGCUAACAGCGAUGCAUCAAGCGCUUGCUCUGAGCGCUCUUAUGGUUCUCGGAAUGGGGGCAUUCCACACUACCUGCGGCAGACUGAAGAUGUGGCUGAGGUCCUGAACCACUGUGCCAGUUCCAACUGGUCUGAAAGGAAAGAGGGGCUCAUAGGUCUUCAGAACUUACUGAAAAGCCAGCGGACUCUGAGCCGAGUCGAGUUAAAAAGGCUCUGUGAAAUAUUUACUCGCAUGUUUGCUGACCCUCACAGCAAGGUCUUCAGCAUGUUUCUGGAAACCCUGGUUGAUUUCAUCAUCAUUCAUAAAGAUGACUUGCAGGAUUGGCUUUUUGUUCUCCUGACCCAGUUGCUAAAGAAAAUGGGAGCAGACUUGCUGGGGUCUGUGCAGGCAAAAGUUCAGAAAGCUCUGGAUGUCACCAGGGAUUCUUUUCCAUUUGAUCAGCAAUUUAACAUUUUGAUGAGGUUUAUUGUAGAUCAGACCCAAACACCAAACCUGAAGGUUAAAGUUGCUAUCCUGAAGUAUAUUGAAUCCUUGGCAAGACAGAUGGAUCCAACAGACUUUGUGAACUCCAGCGAGACAAGACUUGCUGUGUCUAGAAUUAUAACUUGGACAACAGAACCAAAGAGCUCAGAUGUGAGAAAGGCAGCACAAAUAGUCCUGAUUUCUCUCUUUGAAUUGAAUACUCCCGAGUUUACCAUGUUACUUGGUGCCUUGCCAAAAACAUUCCAGGAUGGUGCUACCAAGCUUCUGCAUAACCACCUCAAGAACUCAAGUAACACCAGUGUGGGUUCCCCCAGCAAUACCCUUGGUCGGACUCCUUCCCGGCACUCCAGCAGCAGAACCAGCCCCUUAACUUCACCUACCAACUGUUCCCAUGGUGGACUGUCUCCAAGUAUGCUGGAUUAUGACACGGAGAACCUAAAUUCUGAUGAAAUCUACAGCUCUCUUCGUGGAGUCACAGAAGCGAUUGAAAAAUUUAGUUUCCGUAGUCAAGAGGACCUGAAUGAGCCAAUCAAACGUGAUGGAAAGAAAGACUGUGACAUUGUGUCUCGAGACGGUGGCCUUGCUGUGCCUGCCGGUGAUGUCCGUGGAAGCAGUGACAUUGUGGAAGGUGGAAGGAUGGCUCUAGAUAACAAAACCUCGCUUCUUAACACCCAGCCUCCCCGCACCUUUUCAGGGCCUCGCGCUCGAGACUAUAACCCUUAUCCUUAUGCUGACACAAUUAACACUUACGAUAAGACUGCCCUGAAGGAAGCAGUGUUUGAUGAUGACAUGGAUCAGCUUCGGGAUGAAGUACCCAUUGACCAUUCAGACUUGGUGGCUGAUCUUCUGAAAGAACUUUCCAACCAUAAUGAGAGGGUGGAGGAACGGAAAGGAGCUCUCCUGGAACUGCUAAAGAUCACAAGGGAAGAUAAUCUUGGAGUUUGGGAGGAACAUUUCAAAACCAUUCUGCUCUUGCUGCUGGAAACACUUGGAGACAAAGAUCAUUCAAUAAGAGCCCUGGCGCUGCGAGUGCUGCGAGAGAUCUUGCGGAACCAGCCAGCAAGGUUUAAGAACUACGCCGAGUUGACUAUCAUGAAAACACUGGAAGCACAUAAGGAUUCCCACAAGGAGGUCGUCAGAGCUGCUGAAGAAGCUGCUUCCACCCUGGCGAGUUCCAUCCACCCUGAGCAAUGCAUCAAGGUGCUCUGCCCCAUCAUUCAGACUGCAGAUUAUCCAAUUAACUUAGCUGCCAUCAAAAUGCAGACAAAGGUCAUCGAGAGGAUUUCCAAGGAAUCACUGCAUCAACUCCUUCCUGAUAUCAUCCCUGGGUUGUUACAGGGUUACGAUAACACGGAAAGCAGCGUCCGCAAAGCGAGCGUGUUUUGCCUAGUGGCGAUUUAUUCAGUAAUUGGAGAAGAACUGAAACCUCAUCUCGCACAGCUCACGGGAAGCAAGAUGAAGCUACUAAACUUGUACAUAAAGAGGGCCCAGACCACCAACAGCAACAGCAGUUCCUCUUCAGAUGUUUCAACGCACAGUUAAUGGAGAUAUGUGGACAAGUGUAGAUUUAGAAACAAUCAACGGUGCCUCUCAGAGACCUUUCUGCUAUUCUUCACUGGCGUGCUCCAUCAGCUCAAGGAGGCCAUGCAGAUAUUUAUUGCAAUCAGUAUUUUAGUCCCUUAAAAACUUUUAUGUAGAAUCUUACUGGUAUUGAAUGUAAAGGAAGCAAGAUCUGUGGUGUAGUCUUCAUUAAAAGUGAACAACAGAAAGCCAUGCUUAAACAUAUUGAUAUAGCCUGCUGAAAUCCCAGAAAUAUGUUUAGGUUAGCCUUCCAAAACUGAGACCUAGAAGCUGGACACAUGUAAAGGUCAAACAAGUCUUGUUUGUUUAGUUCAUGCCCAGUUUUGGUUUCUGUGUGAUAGUUACCUGCUCUCUCCCUGCAGCUGUUCUGGCUAGGUUCUCUUCUUACAAGUCUUGUGGUCCUGUUUUGUACUCCCUGUUGCAGCUUGCCUGAUGCGCAGGGCUGUCUGUGGGGAGAUAUUUGCAGAUGUGGCUGUGAUACCAGCCUUGGAUCCUCUAAUAGUGAGAGAUAACAAGUAAUGAAAAAGUAGGUUCUUUUUAAACAUCUGAGGUUUUGUACAUAGUUCUUCUCACAGACCUCUCCAACGGGCUGAUUUCUCUCCAGCCAGCUGUGCUGUGCAAAACAGCUGGGCUCUCGCUCCUUUCUUUGUGUAAAUAUUUCUCUCCUGACAACCUAUUCAGCUCUUUCAUAUGCUCAAAAGACUUUCCAGGUUACUUGUUACUCCCCAAAGAGAACCUGAGACCCAGUUCUGGGACUGAUGUCUACAAAUGAGACACUGGAGUUAGGUGGGUGGGUUUUGCAUUAGGCUCUGAGUGUGUCUGUGGGUGGGCAGUAGGAGCUGGCAGGGCUGUACCUCAGUCCUGCCUGUGAGGCUGGCUGCAUUUUUAUUGAAGUCUGUAGUGUCAAAAGGACUGAUCUGCUGCUCUGACCAGCCCCACUGGAGUUGGGCUGUGAAUGAAUUUGUUCCCACAGCUCUUUGUGCUUUGGGCAAAAUGUUCAUCCCAGAGGACAGAAAGGGCAUCUGAAACUGAAUGAGAAGACCUCAUGGAAGCACCUGCUGAACCAGCUGGACAGUGCUGGUUGCCUGCCACAGCUCCCCUCUUGUGCCUGAAGAGCCUGCAGUGCUGUUAGCUGCCUUUAGAAACCUUCUCCUUGGCCAGCUCCAGCAACGGCCCUGCUGUGUGGUCUACAUUUCAGAAGGGUGCAGUGGGCACUUGCUGGGCACGGCUGUUGGUGCUCUGGAUGAGGGUGCAGUGGGGCAAAUCCUCUUGCAGCCUAAUAAUAUAGAGCCAGUCAGAGCCAAGCAGCUGCAAAUACCCUACAGCACUACCCUUUCCCAAAGGAAGACCCAUUUGUUUGCAAAGAGUGAGCUCCCCCUGCCUCUAUAACCAGGGGAAGCAGAAGGAUGCAGUGCUGUGUUUGGCCCUGGUCUGGGUUCUUGCUGAGAGGGACACCCACCCCAGUCCUGCAGUGGAUCA